AUGUGCUCCAGACAAAGCUCCGGAGGCUGCCAUGGGAUGUCCUCCCAGUCCAGCGGCUGCCACAGCCAGGGCUCCGGUUGCCACGGGAGCGGCUCCUCCAGCCACCAGUCCCAGGGCUCCUCCUGCUGCGGGGGCGGAGGGGGCUCCGGAAAAAUCAUCAUCAGCUCCGGCGGUGGAUCCUGCUGCAGCGGGGGAUCCUCCGGAUACGGGAUGGGAGGGGGAUACGGUGGGGGAUCCUCGGGAUCAAAGAGCAUCAUUGGAGGGGGAGGCAGUGGUGGAGGUUCCUCUGGAUGCUGCAGCGGGGGUUCCAGCUAUGGAAUGGGUGGAGGAUACGGUGGGGGAUCCUCGGGAUCAAAGAGCAUCAUUGGAGGUGGAGGUAGUGGUGGAGGUUCCUCCGGAUGCUGCAGCGGAGGCUCCUCGGGUUAUGGCAUGGGUGGAGGAUACGGUGGUGGAUCUUCAGGGACAAAGGUCAUCAUUGGAGGGGGAAGCAGCUCCUCUGGAUGCUGCAGCGGAGGAUCGAGCUACGGGAUGGGAGGAGGAUAUGGUGGAGGAUCCUCAGGAUCAAAGAGCAUCAUUGGAGGGGGAAGCAGCUCCUCUGGAUGCUGCAGCGGAGGAUCGAGCUAUGGGAUGGGAGGGGGAUAUGGUGGAGGAUCCUCAGGGACAAAGGUCAUCAUUGGAGGGGGAGGCAGCUCCUCUGGAUGCUGCAGCGGAGGAUCGAGCUAUGGGAUGGGAGGGGGAUAUGGUGGAGGAUCCUCAGGGACAAAGGUCAUCAUUGGAGGGGGAGGCAGCUCCUCCUCUGGAUGCUGCAGUGGGGGUUCCAGCUAUGGAAUGGGUGGAGGAUACGGUGGAUCUUCAGGAUCAAAGAGCAUCAUUGGAGGGGGAAGCAGCUCCUCUGGAUGCUGCAGCGGAGGAUCCAGCUACGGGAUGGGAGGGGGAUACGGUGGGGGAUCCUCAGGGACAAAGGUCAUCAUUGGAGGGGGAAGCAGCUCCUCCGGAUGCUGCAGUGGAGGAUCCAGCUAUGGAAUGGGUGGAGGAUACGGUGGAGGAUCCUCAGGAUCAAAGAGCAUCAUUGUAGGGGGAGGUUCCUCCGGAUACUGCGGCGGAGGAUCCUCGGGAUAUGGGAUGGGAGGAGGCUGCGGUGGCGGCUCCUCAGGAGGGAAGAUCAUCAUGGGAGGCGGAGGCAGCGCCGGAUCCUCCGGGUGCUGCGGUGGCGGAUCCGGCUACGGGAUGGGAGGAGGAUACGGCGGCGGUGGCUCCUCGGGCCAGACCAUCAUCGUCAGCUCUGGAGGCGGCAGCGGGGGCUCGUCCCAGCAGAAAUGUCCCGUGGUCAUUCCCAGCGUGGUGUCCCACCAGAGCAAGCAGAGCUCCCGCUGGCCCUGCCAGCAGAAGUAA